AUGAUAUCAUCUGAAAAUAAAACUGUCAAGUCAAUAUCACCAACAUCAUCAAAGAAAUAUAACUGGUCACGUAUUAGAAUCAAUCGUCGAAAACAACAACAACAAUCAAUUAUGUUAUAUUCACCAACCGUUACAAUUACUUGUCAAAAAUUACUUUGUCCUGAACAACAACAACAAAUCAUACUACCCGAUUUAAUUACUGAUAUAUAUAAGGAACAAAAACGACAAUCAUCAAUACAAAGUGUUGCUGGAAUGUUGAGAAAAGUUGGAGAUGAAUUAGAUGACAGAUUACAGAAGUUUGGUAUUGGUAUUGGUAUUGGUAUUGGUAUACACAAUCAUAGGCGUUCAUCUCUUCAUGUAUAUAAAUGCCUCAGAAAAAUGCAACAACGAUAUCUUCUUCGGAACUCAAGUCGUUCAAGUAAUCGGGUUAUUAACUCAAGAGUUUCCAAGCCAUUCUUAACAGAAAAAAAGCCACAAAAAAGACAACAAACACGCACUCGUCGUACAAAUAAUAAAGUACACCACACAAAUGUUGGAGCUAAUACUUUAGCAGCACCAGUACAUGAACUGAUAAGCCAUGUCAAAUUACCAGAGAAACUAGCAAUCGCAGCUACUGAGCAUAAAAAACGUCAGCGACAUAGCUUAAGAUUAACAGAAAAACAACAAAAUCAUCCAACCGUAGGAAUUUCACCAUUUAGAAAAGUUCAGACUUCAUUGCCAUCUUCGAGAGAAACGAUAAAAUCUAUAUCAAUAAUUGAAGUACCCAGGUGGCGUCUUCUUUCCCCCCAUGAUGCUGAAUCGCAACAAGGAAGUGAAAGUGAUGUGGAGGAAGAAGACAAUAUUAUUGAAAGACACCAUAAAAAUAUGCUUGAAGAACAAAAAGAUCGAAAAUUAUAUGAACGUUGGGUAAGAAAUCAACGAGCAUUAAGAAAAAUCCAAUGUCGUCGUACUCAUACACAAAGUUUAGCGGAGCAAACGAGACAAAAAUUAAUUCGUCAACUAGAAAAAGAGGAGAAGAUAUUUGUUAAUGAUAAAAUUUGUUCUAAAUUGGCGAAAUAUACAUUAGUAUUUGAACACAAUGUAGAAAAUAUAUUAUCCCCUAAUUAUCAUCUGAUUGACUGGAAAAGAUUUCAAAGCAUUCUAACACCAGAUGACUUGAACACUGAACUCGAUGUUAUGAUCCGAAAUUUGAAAGCUGUUCGUUUAACAACCAGAUUACCUAAAUCAACUCCACCUAUAGGAAACAAACGACGUCCACCUAUACGUGAGAGAUUAAACGAGAAAGCUAAAGAACAACAAUCAUUGACUCCUAAAAAAACACGAAAUGAACGACGAACAACAAUUACUAGAACCAGAAGUAUCUCACCAAGAUCGUCAGAAAACAUCACAUCAAUAAUAACAGUACAAAAUCCUCAGUUGAUAUCGUCAAGUCAAAAAUUUGAUCGAUCUAAUGUGUUAAAUUGUCCUUCUUACACAAAUCGUAGUAAUAUUUCAACAGCAACAACAAAUGAAAAUGAUCGGCCAAGUUCAACGAAAAAAUUUCAUUUUCAACGAUCAAAAUCAAUUUCAACUGGCUUUGAUAUGUCAUUAAAAAAACGGACAAGAUCAAAUGAGAAAGAAAAUUGUAAUAGUAGUGCUGGUUCUCAUUCUUAUAGAACGAGACAAACAUUGUAAGUACAAUGCCAUUAAGAUAGAUUUAGCCUAUUACCUCUUCUUUUUCCUCCCCAUACAGCUCUUGCGACGAUAAUAUGAGGCGCCAAAUGAUAAAAAGCAAUUUGUGUUUUGUAAAUUCCUUUUAAAACAGAAAAGUGUGUGGGGCUGCAGGGUGCUUUUGGUAACAGAGGAAGAAAAAUUAUCAGUUGUUUUUUUCAUACUUGGAUUCCGUUAUUUGGGUUUUGGUUACAUUAUUUGUUGUUGUUUUUUCCAGUAAACGUUCAUAUCCAAAUACUCGACAUCAUAUAGUAUCCCCGAUUACUGUCUCAAACUCAAAACGUCGAAGAUUAUCGUACGUAUAUACCUACCCACUUUAUAUUCGUCAAAAAUAAAAUUUUGCAAUAAAAUUUUAGAACAUUUGUUCAAUGAAGAUUGAUAGACAUUGUACAUAAUCGAAACUUAAGACAACUUUUGUUCAUUUUUAUACCAACGUGUGCCUUUUCUGAUUAUUCGUUACAUAUUCUUGUAAUGCAGCAAAUUGUAGUCAUCUAUUUAGCUCUUUUUUUUUUGAAACAAUUCUCGUAUUUUGUUCUAUUGUGUUUUCGACAAAAUCACUUAAAAUGAUAUCUGUUUUUUGUAAUGUAAGUUUUGGUUUCUUCUAUAUCAACUUGUCUUCAUUGUUUAUUUGUUCUUUGUUUCUUCGAAUGUAAAUCGAUAUUUUCUGCUUUGACUAUAGGCGUUUGACCCUCGAUGGCUUUUUUUAGAAAAUCUGUUUCUUUUUUGUUUAUUUUGUGUCCCUUUUUAUUAUGAAAUAAUUCAUUGUAUCAAACUCGAGCACGUAAAUAAAUACACACUGUAUAGUUCUGUUGGUCUUUGAACAAUAAGGAUAGUUUUGUUCUAAAAGGAACUAGAGCCCAUUUGAUCAUAACGAAAAAGCCGUAAUCUUAUGUCUUUUUUUUUCUUCAAAUUCUAUUUCUUUCUGUGAUGAUGGUACAACGUUGGUGGAAAAUCCUUCACGCUAGACGUUCACUCAGCUAAACUUUCUAUGUUUGCGUGUGUUGCUGCGAAAAUAGAUGAAUAAAUUCUCUCUAUCCAUCGUUAAUGAUUUUCAUUGAGAACAUACUAAAUGGCAUAUUUUCUUCUCGUAUUUAAGACGUACUUUUCUUCUCAUUUAUGUAUCUCUAUAUUAUGAGCGGAGAUGAAUACAUUAAUUUACUAUUUCCUAAAUUACGUGUACCUUCGUCUAAUGGUUACCUUGUGUCUAUGUAACAAUAAAAAUUGUCAAUGAAUAAAGUGAAUCGACCUAUAAUGAAAAGAUUUUGACGUUAAGUUGUAGGUCUUUAUUAACAGUAGAAUAGAAAGAUUCAUUCAAACAUAACUAACAACACCUAGUAAAGAGGACCUAAUCUGGUAGAAAUUAUUGUCCUUUCGACUGUACCUCUCUUUCCCUACUUGUAUUCAAAGAAUAAUUGAAAUAUAGACAUAAUUAUGCUGUUUACUUCUAGAAAACUGUUCAUUAUAGUUGGAUAAGUUUCAUCGUCAAAGAAAUUUUGCAUAAUGUUUUGUGAGAGAUGAUAUAAAUCAUUUUCUCUAAAAUUUUUUUGAUACUAUAAAUCAAUAUCUUCUGAUCAUUUGUUAUAGAAAACAGUAUCAGUACUUCUCCGACACCUAUCUUUCAUUUUUCAAUUCAAUUUUUCAAUUCAAUUUUUUGGAAAAUGUUUUAUAUUCCAUUGUUUACUAUGGCAUCGGAUAUAAAUCACCUGAUAAGACACUGCAUGUUAUUUAUACUAUAUAGCUAUUACAAACUUUUGUAACAGUUGUUUUUUUUUGUUCCAAAAACUGAUUUAUUUAUGUUAACAAAAAAAACUUGAUUUUAAAUCAUUUUUUUCUAGAUAGAAUAAAGAUGCUUGAAUUAGCUGAUCUGUUUUAUGACUGUAGGUGAGUUUAUCUUGAAUAUAAUGCCACUAAUCGUUACAAAGAGAUAUUUCUUUUUUUUGUUAUAGAGUACCGGAAAUUACUGUCCCCUUUUUAUUAUACGUUCCAUUUGGUAUUCUAUUGUUUCUUCUACGAUUAUUUAUUCUUUCUAUUUUAUUAACGAUAUGUUCAUUAUUGCCAAAAAGUGACUCACUGCAGAAGUAAGUCUGGAUCUUUCAUUAGAUAGUUUUCAGACCAAUGAAAAUCAUUCGCAUUCAUUUUGCUAUAAAUACACUGUAAAAAAAAAGCAUACUUUUAGAAAAAGCACACUUAAAUUGUGCCAAUGGCAUGGAAAAAGUGUGCCAAAGUAUGCUUUUUAUGUGCUGCUAGCAUGCUUUUUUAUGUGCUGCUAGCAUGCUUUUACCAUGCCAUUGACACAUUUCUAGUGUUCUUUCGGUACACUGCGGUAGCAUUUUUGGACGCUUUUUGUGUGCCACUUCUAAAAGUGUAUCAUCGGCACACUUCAAGUGCGUCAUCGGCACACUUUAAGUGCGCUAAUGACGCACUUGAAGUGUGCCGAUGAUACACUUUUAGAAGUGGCACACAAAAAGCGUCC